AGUUUGAUCCGAUCAAGUAUUGACGCUUCCUUCUACGUGUCCAGUUGACAUUUGGCCUAUGAAAUAUUAUCUCUUCGUGAUCGUAACCCAGAUAAAGAGACCGCGCGGUUGUUGUCUAAAAAUAGUAUAACGUUCAAAAAGUAACUGACAAAAAAAAACAUGGUUGUUGAACGAUAAUCAUCAUAAAAGAUUCGUUAUAUCUCUAAUUCGUAUAGUUGGACCGGAAUCUUGAGAACGAUUGUCCAGAUAGUCAAAUUACAGAAGUAACAAAGAUCGCGUGAAGUCGUGCGGCCUCGUUUUUUAUAUCAAUAUCAUUUCAUUCCGGCCGCCGCUCAUACUAGAGUACGCUUCCGCAUGUGCGUAGUCUGGCGGUAAAAACUGUUCCGAUAUCAAUGACGAGCGGCCCGCCUCUCUUCGUUCAAUGUGGAUUCGGAGUUAUUCCGAUGCUUGACCAUUGGCCGAAUCGGCUUCCGGACGGUCCGCGCGCGUUAUACAUUUUUGUCAGUCGAAGUCUUUUGCAUAAAGAGUAACGCGACAUUCCACUACGUACCCCACGCCUCGCUUCGUUCCUUCUCAUUUUGUUAUUUUUUUUUUCCCUUCGGAUCUUCCUCUUCUUCGUUGUCGGGAUCGCGUCUCAAUCGGGAGUUUGUCUCGAAGAGUGAAACUGUGCGGAACAUUUUGCCGCUUUUCCUUGCGGUGAUCAACUUUCGAAGACAACGUAUUGUGUUUUUAUUUGACCAACGACGAUACAUCUGCGGAAAUGGAGCUGAUAAUUCGCAUCUUGACUUUUUUGGAAUCGGUCAUAUACCACAUUUUACGACCAGUAUUUUGGUGGGUCUAUCGAAAACAACCGCCUAAAAUUGCGCUCAUUAAAAAUCCAAUAUUACAACUGAGCGCGGUCAAAAUCGCUGAAAAAAUUAGACAAAAAGAGCUAUCGAGCGAAACCGUAAUUCUGGCAUACAUAGAACGCAUCAAAGAAGUUAACCCUCUGUUGAACGCGGUUGUCGAGAACCGUUUCGAAGCUGCGAUCCAAGAUGCCAGAGCCUGCGAUAAAAAAUUAGCCACUGGCGAGGUGACCGCAAAAGAACUUGAAAUCGAAAAACCGCUUUUCGGUGUUCCCGUAACGGUCAAAGAAAGCUGCGCGUUGAAAGGUCUCAGUCAUACAGGCUGCACUCUCGCCAGAGCCGGAAUAAAGGCAAAUUACGACAGCUUAUCCGUUCUCUCGUUGAAAACAGCCGGAGCCAUUCCUCUUUGCGUGACAAAUACACCGGAAUUAUGUCUCGGUUUCGAAUCUCAAAAUCCUCUGUUCGGCACCACAAACAAUCCUUACGACAUUAGAAAGACUGCCGGUGGUUCUUCGGGCGGAGAGGGCGCGCUUCUGGGCUCUUCAUCGUCGCUUAUCGGCGUCGGUUCAGAUAUCGCUGGAUCUAUCAGACUUCCGGCACACCUGAACGGGGUCUUCGGUCACAAACCAACCCCAGGAAUCAUCUCGAUCGAAGGACAUUUACCGUUUUGCGACGGCGUUGAAUUUCAGAAGUACUUGGUAAUCGGCCCAUUGGCGAGAUACGCGGAGGAUUUGGCGUUGGCGGUAAAAGUUAUGGCGAACCGGAACACCGCCGCGUUACGUUUAGACGAACCGGUUGACGUUAAGUCCUUGAAAAUUCGAUACAUGGAAGCAGUGGAAGAAUCUUUCGGUCUCAUAUCGGUCAGCGAAGAUAUCAAACGGGUCAUCAGAGACGGGGCCAGAUACCUCGAAGGCAUAGGGGCUGACGUUGAAAGGGUGAUGAUCCCGGAAUUGACGGAUUCUCUGGAUAUAGGCAUGGCACUUUUCUUCGGUAUGAAGGAAAUGCCCCAGUUACUGCUGGACCCGGAAGAUCCCAAGCACGAGAGUAACCCGAUUUCCGAAUUGGGUAAAUUACUCUUUGGUCUGUCUCGGCACAAUUCGUCAGCGAUACUGUUCAAGUUGUUGAGAGACGUACACGCCUUUAUACCACAGUCAAAACUGCCGAGUUAUCGAGGGAAGGUACAAAAAUUGGAGCGAAUUUUCACGGAACUACUCGGGACCAACGGAGUCUUCUUAUUUCCAACAUUCGUUCGAUCAGCACCUUUGCACGAUCAAUUAACUCUUCAACUCGCCGGGGCUCUGUACUGCCUCAUUUUCAACGUCCUUGGAUUUCCAGCAACACACGUGCCGAUGGGCUUAGACAGCGAAGGCCUUCCAGUCGGUGUACAGGUGGUCGCAUGUCCGUUCCAGGACAGAUUGUGUUUAGCAGUUGCCAAAGAAUUGGAGAAUGGUUUCGGUGGAUGGGUACCACCGCCGCAAGCAGCGGUUUAGCAUCAUUUAGCGUUAAGUACGACAUUUCUUCUAAUAGUUAAUUGAGAAAGUGUCGCGCGUUUUUAGUGGACUGAAUUUCCAAAUACCAUCGAGCGUAUGGGAGUGGAUCAUGACGGUUAGCGCUCUUCGCUGGAUUCCUAAUGUUACACGCAACGUACGAUAUCAAAAUCUAUCGUCCGAUGUAGAGUAGCCGUACAAAAGAUUGACGUCGGUAUCGAUUUGCAUUCGAAGCAUUACCCGACAGUUAUAAAGUACACUACUAAUCAGUCGUACCAUCGAUCACACACGUAGGUAUGGAUACGAAUGUCGUAAUAUGUAUAGCUGUAGGUAUACGUGUACAAGAAGUUUAGGAUUAAAAGUUAUCGUGUGCAUGCAAGUGAAAUGGACUUUCUUACAAUUAGUUUGAAUGAGUGAACGAGAAUAUUGUUGAGCAAAUUGUUGUACGAAGAUUUGAAAAUUAGAAAAAAAAAAAAAGAAAUAAAAAGAAACAAGAAUCAUCCGUAAA